AUGGCUUUUUCACUCGCGCUCGCUGUUUUUGUCGCUCUUGCAGUCCCAGUCUCUACUGCGCCAACGCCCGACGUUGUUAUCUGUCCCGAUGGUACCUUCGUCCCAAGCAGCGUCUGCUGCGCGUUCAUCCCUGUUGGUCGGCGAAUUCUGAUCUUGACAGAGCGCUUAUUCCUCUCUCAGAUCGUCAAAGACCUCCAAGAGAACGUCUUUGAGCAUCUCUGUAGCGAAGAUGCGCACGAGGUACUUCGACUCACCUUCCACGAUGCAAUCGCCAUCAGCCAGUCCCUAGGCGCCUCAGCUGGUGGCGGAGCGGAUGGCAGUAUGCUGCUCUUCCCGACAGUUGAACCUUUCUACGGUGCAAACGACGGUCUCGAUAACAGUAUCAAUAACCUGAUCCCCGUUCUCCAUCGUCACAAUGUCUCGGCUGGAGACUUGAUUCAAUUCGCUGGAGCAGUCGCAGUUGGAAACUGCCCGGGUGCUCCUCGGCUGGAAUUCCUGGCCGGUCGCAAGAAUGCAGUAGCUCCUGCCAUCGACGGUCUGAUCCCGGAACCCGCAGACUCUGUGACAAAGAUCCUCAAUCGUUUCGCUGAUGCCGGCAACUUCUCUCCGUUCGAGGUCGUCUCUCUGCUCGCCAGUCACACUGUUGCCCGUGCCGACAAGGUCGAUACGACUCUCAUCGCAGCCCCGUUUGAUUCGACCCCGUUUGACUUUGAUACCCAAAUCUUCCUCGAGGUUCUGCUCAAAGGCACCGGUUAUCCGGGGACUGGUAACAACCCUGGAGAAGUCAUGUCGCCUCUACCACUGACUUAUCAGAACAACACGGGUGAAAUGCGACUUCAAUCCGACUUUGCGUUUGCUCGUGACCCGCGAACGGCUUGUUACUGGCAAAAUUUCAUCGGCAAAUCUCAUCGUUCUGAUUGCAUGCGCCGCAAGCUCACGCCAUCAUUUUUAGAUGAGCAAGACUACAUGGCAUACAGUUUCAAAGCUGCCAUGGCAAAAAUGGCGAUUCUGGGAUCGAGACGCUCAGAUCUUGUCGACUGCUCUGCUGUUGUCCCCGUUCCGAAGCCGGCUCUUAACAAACCAGCGAGCUACCCUGCCACCAAACACGCGCGGGAUAUUCAACAGGCCUGUCCUUACUAUGAAUUCCCGACUUUGACCACCGAUCGUGGUACCGUGGAGACUCAAAUCCCUCACUGUCCUGACGGCGGCCAGCUGUGUCCUCCUAUCCGCCUCCCCGGUCCCGCUUAGGGUAGCUGUGUGGUUCGACGAAACAACGAGGGAUCACGAUCCAGAGCUUAGAGAGACCUGAGAAACUUGAUUUGUGGAUAUGAAUGUGCACUCCAUUUCUUUCGGUGACAGAUAGGAAUCUUGA